ACAAAGAUGCACGAGCAGAAUCUUCACUCCCCCCCCACACACACCCUCCUCACCAGUGUGUCGUCAGCCAGCAGACUAUCGGAGCACUGUCCUCUCGAGCCCACAUUUGGCCAGCACUCGUCUUGCGGCAUUCACAGCAACGGCGUAGCGCUCGAUGUCUGUGUUGCCGUCUGUCGGCGCCUCGGUCGUGUAGAGGCGGAUGCGGCCAUAGCCUAUCGCCCGGUAGGCAGCAAUGGUGUCGUCGGCUGCGGUGCCCUUGAGGAUGAUAAAUCGUCGGCGCCCGUCAUCUAACGGGACGAAUGUAUGCUCAGCCAUGUAAUCGAUGGUCUUGAAGCCAUCGAUGGUCGGUGCCGUGAGCAGGGACCGAUAGCGAGUGUCACCAGGACCGACAUAAGUAUCAGUCACCAGCUUCUUCUCCACCCCCUCUUGGUCGUACCACCGCUUCAGGACCGUCUCCUCGAUGAAGGCCGUGAAUAAUGGGUAGAGGCACUCCCCACAGCGGAUGACGGGAUCGCUCUCGUCGUAUGUGCUGCGGUAGGGAUGGUUGGGGGGCAGAUCGGACAGGGGGACGGUCGUGAAGUACUGAGUGCCGAUCCUAUAGCGCUGCCUCGCCACGCCACUACCAUGACCAUCACCCUGCUGCCCUCCUGACCCAUCGCCCCCUGCCCCCUCCUGCUCCUGCUGACCCGCGGCAUCGUUGUCUCCUUCGUCCUGCUCGCUCCCAUCGCCCAUGGCAUCGUCGCCGAUAUCACUGUCACUGUCACUGUCGCUGUCACUGUCACUGUCACUGUCGCCAUCCUCCUCCAUCUCCUCCUCCACCCGAUCCAAUGCCAGGCUGGUCCCUUUGUGGUUGAGCAAGUGGCCGAAUGUCUUGUAGACGGCCACGGUGAGGGGCAGCUCAUCGAAGGCCAUCUUGCUGCCCAGCUGCUCGGCCAUCCUGUCUGCUGACAGCCGCAGGGGCAGUGCCUCGAUGAGCUUGUGAUUGUGCGCCAGGUGGAUGAAGUCGGUCAUCUGCCGCCACACCGCCCCGCCUCGCUCGAGUGCAUAGGCGGACGCCGACAGAUAGCGAAACCGCCGGAUGCGGUCCGCUGGCGUGGCGGCAUCGCUGGUCGGCUGUGGGUGUGUCGGGGGGCCACCGGGGAGGUCGGUGUCUGCUGCCGUGGGUGUGGGUGUGGGUGUGGCUGUGGCUGUGGGUGGGGUAGGACGCUCGACAUCGAUGAGUCCGGUGAGUGAGUGUUUCUUGAGGUCCUGGUCGAUGCGCUUGAGCAUGAAGGCCUCAUCGACGAGCUGGCUGCCGUGUGUCUUGCUGGUCGGGCGGGCCGAGCAGACGGCCUCACACACAGACAGCAUCGGGUAGAUGUCCCCACGCCACACGUCGGCCGACAGGUCGUCGCCCAAGUGUCUGGGUGGCGGCGGCUUAGCCCAGCCGAUCGGCCGGCAGGUGCCCUUGACGCCGUCAGCAAUCUCACGCAGACCUUCGGCAGCCGACGAGAGAGCCGACAACACGCCAGGCCACUUCUGGGCGAGAAAUGGCGUCUGCAGGACAGACACAGACACAGACACACAGUGGGAGAGUGUGCUGAUGGCCUCAUUGUGUGUUUGUGUGUGGUUGACUUGGGCUGCGACUGUCGUGUUGAAGAGCUCCUGCACAUCGGCAGCCUCGCGAGUGGCCUGACAGACACGCAAACAGCCGACGGCAACACAGACAGUGAGAGCCCACUGGACGGAUGGCGUCACGACACUGUGAACGUGUGGGUACCUGUUCUAUGUGUGAGUGAAGUGACGCGAUGCGCUCCUCCAGUCGAGCCAUACCCUCAGCGAUGGACUGAAACACAACAGACAGACAGACAGACAGAGUGAUGUGACCACGAGUGCUCUUCUGUCAGUCAGUUGCCUCACCGAUUUGCUGUCAGAUGCGGUCAUUUCCUCUCCUCCCUGUGUGCGGGGCCGUUUGGGCGGCGCGCCGCCCUCGUCACUCAUCGACAUGACUGCAGCAAACACACACAGGCACACCGAACCGGAGCAGCAUACACCUUGAGUGGAUGCGGCCAUUGUCGUGCUCACCUUAGGUUUCUCGUCGAGUCACGUCGGUAACGCGGCUCUGUCUGUCGGUCGGCCUGAAUGCGCCAAACAGACAGAGAGCUAUGAGCGAUUCUUUCGCACCUGCCGUCCUUCCCAGUAAAACACGGAAAGGCCGGCGACUCUGCCACGAGUGAAAGCUGCGGUCG